AGAGCUGCGGGUGGGGCUAAAGAGCUGCUGGGGGCGGCGGCUGAAGGUGACGCCCAAGAUGGCCAAAUCUGAACCUCGGGAAAGAAACUAUGACAACAUGGUAAAAAUGCUGGAGGACCUGAACAGGGAUUUAGAAAAACUUCUGGAAGAAAUGGAGAAACUAUCAGUGCAGGCAACCUGGAUGGCAUAUGAUAUGGUGGUUAUGCGUACCAACCCAGACUUGGCCAACUCCAUGAGGCGAUUGGAAGAUGCAUUCCUGAACUGCAAAGAAGAGAUGGAAAAGAACUGGCAAGAGAUGCUGAAGGAAACUAAAGGCACUGAACAAAAACAGGAAUAAACAGUCUUCAUAUCGGUCGGUGAAAUUGCAACAGUUAGGAGAUCAUUUCAGACUCAUUUUUUUCAGUCAUAAAAUAUCUACAGAUGCCUUACAAAUGGAUUAUCUUCUAGUUUAUUAAGCAUUAUUGUUGUGGCUAUAUAUACAAAUGUGUUCUGCCAAAUACAUGUAUUGUUGAAACAAAAA